UGCCGGAGACGCAAAAAUCGCUCGAGCGGAAAAACGGAGGCCCUGUCGAGAAAGAGAUUCACACUUGCCUUCCUCCCACCUACCCACGUCAGCCUCACGCCAUCACGCACCCUUACUCUCCGCGAGCGCCGUCGUCGGCCGCAUCGCUGUCGUCGGUCGCCAUCCGCGCAUCGCCGCCGCCAGCCCGCCAUGCGCCGGUUCGCCGCCGACAGGGCGCGCCGCGCGGUGGCCGCGUCCCUGCGCGGCGCCGCCUCCUCCUCCAGAUCAGCCCCGCUGCCGUUGCCCCUCGCUCCGGCGCAGCGCCAUCCAGCGCCCCCCAUGGGGGCAGCGGCGAUGGCGGCGGCCAUGGCGAGGACCAUGUCCACGGCGGCCGCGGGCACGCCCGCAGUGUCCCUGGACACCAUCAACCCCAAGGUUUUGAAGUGUGAAUAUGCAGUUCGAGGAGAGAUUGUUACACAUGCUCAGAACUUACAACAAGAAUUGCAGAAAAACCCAGAUUCACUUCCUUUUGAUGAGAUACUUUACUGCAAUAUUGGAAAUCCUCAAUCCCUUGGCCAACAGCCAGUUACAUAUUUCAGAGAAGUCCUCUCUUUGUGUGAUCAUCCAGCUCUCUUGGACAAAAGUGAAACUCAUGCUUUGUACAGUUCAGAUGCUAUAGAGAGAGCAUGGCAAAUUCUAGACAAGAUACCAGGAAGAGCAACGGGAGCCUAUAGCCAUAGUCAGGGUAUAAAAGGUUUGCGUGAUGAAAUUGCUGCUGGAAUUGCUGCCCGUGAUGGGUUUCAUGCCAGCGGAGACAACAUCUUCCUAACAGAUGGAGCAAGCCCAGCAGUUCACAUGAUGAUGCAAUUGUUGAUUAGGUCUGAGAAGGAUGGCAUUCUCUGCCCUAUUCCGCAGUACCCGCUGUACUCUGCAUCAAUUGCUCUUCAUGGUGGUUCCCUUGUUCCUUAUUUCCUUGAUGAAGAGACAGGGUGGGGACUUGAGGUUGAUGAGCUAAAGAAACAACUUGAGGAGGCUCGAUCUAAGGGCAUCACUGUCAGGGCGCUUGUUGUCAUAAAUCCUGGAAAUCCAACUGGACAGGUUCUCGCUGAGGAAAACCAAAAGAAAAUUGUUGAAUUCUGUAAAAAUGAAGGACUUGUUCUUCUUGCAGAUGAGGUUUACCAAGAAAAUAUAUAUGUUGAAGACAAGCAAUUCCACUCAUUCAAAAAAAUUGCACGAUCAUUGGGAUACACUGAUGAUGAUCUUCCUUUAGCAUCAUUCCAGUCGGUUUCUAAAGGCUACUAUGGAGAAUGUGGAAAACGAGGUGGUUACAUGGAGAUAACUGGGUUCAGUCCUGAAGUGCGGGAACAGAUUUACAAGGUGGCAUCAGUAAAUCUAUGCUCCAAUGUCUCAGGCCAAAUUCUUGCUAGCCUUGUUAUGAACCCACCAAAGACUGGGGAUGAAUCCUUUGAAUCCUUCAUGGUAGAGAGGGAUGGCAUCCUUUCAUCAUUGGCUCGGCGUGCAAAGGCUUUGGAAGAAGCAUUCAAUAGUUUAGAAGGUAUCACAUGCAACAAAGCUGAGGGUGCAAUGUAUCUGUUCCCACGCCUUCAUUUACCCCAGAAGGCAAUUGGGGCUGCCCAAGCUGCUGGCACUCCCCCAGAUGCAUACUACGCCAAACGCCUCCUAGAAGCCACAGGAAUUGUUGUAGUCCCUGGUUCUGGUUUUGGACAGGUCCCUGGAACAUGGCACUUCAGAUGCACGAUCUUUCAUCCUUUGGAUCCUACAGCCAAACUGAUCCCAGCUUUUGUCACGGGCAAAUGUUAGAUGAAACUUUACAGAAUCUCAAGCGUGGCAAAACCAUACUUCUGUUUAGGCUACAGGCUCCUGGCCCUGAUUUGUACAAACUUACCCGAAUUUUGAGGUCAAUUGAAAUGCCUCAGCACAUCCCUGAAAUUCUGCCUUA